AUGACUGGAGCCUCAUUACGAGAUGAAGGAAGGAUCAUUAGUAAUGGAUUAAAGACGGUUAUGUGGUUGCUCAUUACCAAACCCUACAGAGAUGACUUGCUUACCAAGAAACCAAACGCUCUCUAUGUUGCUGCGUUUGAACAAGAAGCUGAAGUUGGAAUAGAUACUUCAACUGAUUCAGGAAGAUUUCUAAGGAACAGAGAUUUUCAUCUCUUCUUGCCUUUACUCUUAGGCUUCUCUAAUCAAGAAUCCUCACAUGGAGACGAUAACGUCCCUUCGUGGCGUGAGAGAAUCAUUCUAGUCAACCCUUUUACACAGGGAAUGAUCGUUCUCGAGGAGUCCUCAGGGUUAAAUCCUCUGCUUCACGACUUACUUGAGUCACGCGAGGAAGGUCAUCCUCCAGCGUCCAAGGCUUCCAUCGAUGCGAUGCCGAGCGUUGAUAUCGACGGCUGCGAAGGAGAGUGUGUUAUAUGUUUAGAGCAAUGGAAAGAGGAGGAGGAGAGGGUGAAGGAGAUGCCGUGUAAGCAUAGGUUUCAUGGUGGAUGUAUAGAGAAAUGGUUAGGGUUUCAUGGGUCGUGUCCUGUUUGUAGGUACGAGAUGCCUGUUGAGGGAGAUGAGGUUGAGAAGAAAAGAAGCGAUGGGGGAGAGAUUUGGGUUAUGUUUGGUAGAGAUUCUUCUGGUCAUGAUGGUUGA